CUGUUAGGUGACUACGACAAGGUGAAGGCUGUGUCCGAAGGCUCCGACUGUCGCUGCAAAUGCCUGGUCAGACCCCUGGGCCGCGGUGCCUGCCAGAGGAUUAACGAAGGCGCUUUCAGAGCAGAGGACUUUUACACGGUGGAAACCAUCACGUCAGGACCCAGCUGCAAGUGUGCGUGCGUGGCCCCCCCCUCAGCGCUCAAUCCCUGCGAGGGGGACUUCAGGCUGAAGAAGCUGCGGGAGGCGGAGAGCAGCGACCUGAAGCUGUCCUCCAUCGUUGAGAUGCUGGAAAGUGCCUUCUACGGCUUGGACCUUCUGAAGCUGCACUCGGUCACAACCAAGCUGGUGGGUCGGGUGGAAAAGCUCGAGGAG